GACACUGGUUGGCUAGGAUGGAAGAUCAUCGGUAAAACAGCUUGGAACCUCAGGUCAGUCGAUUGUCGCAACUUAAUGCCAACUCCAGACUCCUAGCUUCCUACAGUCGUCCUCCAUUGAAAGAAGCCCGAUUCAACAGCUCCCUUCGCCAUCGCCCCCACGGCCCAAGAUGGCGAACCCACACCCCAUCCCAGUACUGUACCCUCAAGAGCCCUUCCAUGCCAAAAAUGCCCUCAACUCGGGCAUGCGGGGCGCCCUGGCUGGCGGAAUUGCAGGCAUCUGCGCAUCCGCCGUCCAGAACUCAUUGGCCAAGAGCAACAUCGGCGCUUGGGGAGUCUUUACGCGAACUGGCAGCACUGUCGCCACGCUGACCGUGGUGCCUGCCGUCUACGCCUUCGCCAAAGAUGCCACGGCUAACCUGAGAGAGAAGGACGAUUACCUCAACACGACUGUAGGAGCCUUUCUCGGUGGCGCCAUGCUUGGUUUGCGAUCUGGUCGCAUGCCACAAAUCAUCGGCUUCGGAGCAGGCAUCUCCGCCAUCAUGACGACCCUGGAUUUUACCGGCGGUAGUCUACGCGGCCCACCCCAAGACCCCGAAAUUGACGAGUACGCCCGCAAGGAAUUUAUGCGCAAGAAUCGCCGGCGGCCCAUGAUGGAGACGGUCGCGGAACUGGGUGAAGGCAGAGGAAUCGAGCCACCGGGCUACGAGGAGCGCAGGCGAGCGAGACUGAAGGAGAAGUAUGGUGUUGACAUCAACCCCGUUUCCGCCACGGCCGACGAAUAGAGGAACACAGACCGGUGGCGUGGACCUGUACAUAAACAAUCGGAGUUCUUUGCGUAAGCCUAGCCUAGCAUCCAUGUUUUCGGGCCCAAAUUGGUUUCGCCUUGCAAGCAGAUCGUUACGUCAGCGUUUUGUUGCUUAGGUACGUACGUCACAUUCCUCUGUUUUUCGAGUUCGCUCUCUGUAUAGCAAUGUCCUUCGAUGCUGUACACGAGUCGCGUUUAUUUUG